CGGAGCAGGACAUGACGUAGAUUCUCGCGCAGCGAAGCCCCAGGACUGGCGCGCCAAAUUUCAAAGGACUUCCUCCAGGAAAGAAGGCGAAAAGCUGCACCGACGCCUGGCGAACAACGGCGAUAAAAUACUGCAGAAACAAUACAUUUCGCUUAAAGUGUAGUUGCUGAACCCGCUGGUGGAGCUGUCGACGGUGUUUCACUGGCGACAGUUUGAGGAAUAAUUCGCACAAAGUCGGUGUGUCAUUGUUAUCAGACAGACCUCAGCCGUUACACCCUGUCAAGCUUCCCACCUGUGAGACGGCUGAUGUCAGGAGCCUGGGAUUUUAAUCUCUCUCUCUCUCACACACACACACACACACACAUGCACAUACACUCCCACACAUACACUCCCACACACAUGCUCAGGUGACAACUGUUCAAACCUUAAAAUAUUAGACGUCAGAACUCCAGCUAAAAGUCACGGCUGUCAAGUCUUUUGGCAGGUUUGCUUCGCCACGGUUUCAAUGUUUGCUGCACCUUUCGAUUUGGCAGCACUGUAACACACAGGCUGUCUACAUCACUGAAGCUCUUUAUUCUCAAACCCAUCUUCUUAUUGCCUCUGCUCUAUGGGGGAUUUAGUCUGUUUGAGAUUGAGCUCAUAACAGAGUGCAGAAGCUAAUUUCCACACCAGCUUAUACAGUGCUCCAUAUCCUCAUUAUUUAUUCAUGUAUUCACAGCAGUGCACAACAAGUCAUCAGCUUUCCAUACUAAUGCAAACACCUGUUGCUGCACAUGCCAGUAACCAUCACACUCAGUGCUUCCAGGCCUAUGUUUAGAAUAUUUUAGCUUUAUGUAAGCUUUCAGCACUGUUUGGACAAAUGGCUUCCAUUUAACCUCUGUCCGCUAGCAAAGAAUUGUAUCCCAAAAUGCAUCGCAGCCUCCUGUAACUCAGGGGCCUGUCACAGAUACGGUCUGGCCUCUGGGUGGGGUGCAGGUGAGGGCUUAGCGGUGGCAGACAAUCAGACCCUUCAGUCAUGCUGUCCGGGGUGCAGCCAUGCUUCCAGUUGCUUCGCAUCGGUUCGUCGGCCUCCGACUCGGCACGGGACCUCUACACGUUCCGGCCGGUGCAGAGCCAGUCUGUGUUCCGACUGGGCCGGGCGGCGGAGCUGUGUGACGUCACGCUGGACUCGUCGUCGGUGUCACGGAUCCACGCUGAGCUGCACGCGGAGAGGGAGGCAGGCGACAGUGACGCAGCGCCACAGGAGGAGGGCUGGAGUGUCCACAUCAAGGACAGGAGCAGUCAUGGCACCUGGGUCAACGAGGUCCGCCUCCAGCCUGGCAUCCAGUGGGAGCUCUCGGAUGGCGACACGCUGACCUUCGGUGGCCAGUCGGCUCCAGGGAGCCCCGAGUUCUACUUCCUCUUCCAGAAGGUCAAAGUUCGUCCGCUAGAUUUCGAUGCCAUCACAAUUCCAAAGGCGGGCACCUUCUCCUCCGAUUUAAAGAACCGGAUCAGAACUAACCUGGACCGCAAGGCGGCCGCCAACAUGGACCUGUCUAAUCUGCCCAUCAACCGGGCCACCGUCAUCCUCAACUCCAUCGGCAGCCUGAGUAAGAUGAAGGGCAGCGCCUGGACCUUUAAGAGGAGCCACAGCCACGAGGGCACUGCCUCGGACCCCGGCUCCUCCUCCUCGCCUCCUCUGACUGUGGGCUUAACCUCUCUGCUCCCGCCCUCCACGCCGCCAUCCUUCUCCUCCUCCGCCGCCUCAGUGCCUUCGACAAAGUUCCACCAGCCGACGUCGAGGAGCCGGAGGAAGUCGGCGCACACGGUGCUCCUCGAGGACGACAGCUCGGACGAACCCAGAAGUCGAGCAGCUCCGGCAGGAGUUGUGGAAGACGGACAGAGGUCGAGGGGGAAGAAGAGGCGGCGGCUCUACAAAUCCGAGUCGGAGAGUGUCAGCCCCCUCCCUCCUCUGCCGCUGCAGCCCAAGAGCCACAACGACAUCCGGCGGCCGCUGGAGGCCAAGCCCUUCCCCGUCGGCAUCAGGACCAUCGGCAGCUUCCACGGCGCCAUGACCAACAGCAGGCUCAACGCCCACCUCCUCCAGGCGUCGCUCGCCAACCCCGCGGUGCGCAAACAUGAAGUGCAGACGAUGCACCGGGUCCAGGCGGCGGUGCACACCAACAUCGCAGCUUUCCGCCAACAGAAACCCGCCCACAGUUCUCCGACGGCGCAGAGAGGCAGGCGGAGGGCUCACAGCUCUCCGGUUUUCUCCCCUCUGGUCGUCGGGGGAGAGAACUACAGUCUGGCCUCGCCUUCAGUCAGGAUCCGCACAGAGGAGAGAGGCAGGGUGCAGUUCAACAGAUUUCACCAUCCAACAAGUAAGCGACGAGGCCGCCCCAGGAAACACCCGCUGCCUCCCCGGCCCUCCCUGCCCUCGCCAUCCUCCUCGUCUUCCUCCUCCACCUCCUCCGCCUCCUCCUCCUCCGGCUCCUCGUCGUCCUCCUCCUCUGACGACGAGGAGGAGGAGGAGGAGGAGGACGGGGCGGCGGGCGGGGCGGUGGAGCCGUGCGCAGCGCCGCGCUGCCGGCUGCCCCAGCAGGACACGGUGCAGUGGAUCCAGUGCGACGUGUGCGACGCCUGGUACCACUUAGACUGUCUGCACGUCGACCGCAAGAAGCUCCUGAAGGACCCCAACGCCGACUUUCACUGCGGAUGUUGCUGAGGUGAGAGAAAACCAAGUUCGUGACAAGGAAACGUAAUGCUUUCAAGACUUUUGAGUUCCCACAAUUUCCCCCCCCUUAAAUGUUUAUUUCCUUCAGCCACACUCGUGCAAAAUCAACAGACCUUUUUCUGCGAAGAUGCUACUUCUUCUUCUAAUGGCCACAGAGCUGCUCUACUCCUCCCCCCCCUCUGUCAGCAGCUGGCGAGGGCAGGAAAAGAAUUUCCUUCAAUUUCUUUUUUUUUUUUUUUUUUUUAAGAUCCUGAUCUUCCCAACAGUCACACCGCUGCUUCAUAAACCGCUCGCCCACUCCUGUUUCAGGGCUCCGGCUUUUAGGAGAAGGAGGCGAACCUGUAAUGAAAUGUCUCCGCUUGGAUUUUGUUUAUGGCUGGGACUGCCUGGAGAGGUGUGGCCAGGGUGGGAAAACGUGAUGAAAUGUUUGAGUACGCUCCCCACGGUGGCUGUCGCUGACCACGGGGCAGGCAACAUUCAGGAAGAUUUAAUGAAAUGGCUCAGUUCGGGCUGCCACAGUACGAGUCUAUGCUGGGCAAUUAAACUUUCUCGGAUCUCUCAGUGCAGCCACCGUCACUCUUUGAGCCACUGGGCCAAUUUGUCGGGGCAGAAUAGGACCUUCAGUGAACAUUAUGUGGUUUGCAUGGCAGACAAAGCCUCAACACCCUUCCUCUCAAAAUAAGACAGUGCCAGGCUGGUGUUUUCUCACCUCGAAAUUGAAUGAAUUGUUUCAGUGCAGCAUUCCUGUGUGGCAGCGGCUGUCUAGGAGUGGGCGUGUGAUGUUCCAGCAGGAAAUGUGUCACCAGGCUUCCAUUGUCGCUGCUGAUGAGAGGUGCUUGAGGGAUGAUAAUCCAAUGUGUGCAGUGGGACUCUCGUGAUAAGACGUCUGAGUGCAGGCUGACAGCGUGACGGCUGCUGCUGCUGCUUUGAGAGGACUCAUUACCAGUGAAAUGUCAUGAAAUAUCAUCCGCUGAUGUAACGGGAUAAACAGAAUUCAGAAAAUCAUCGUCUCUGACUGGUGGGUUAAGUAGCGGAUGCUUUUAAGAUCUUAUCUUUAUCGCCACCUUAUUUUUUCUGAGAGUCUCUUCACACUACUGAACUCAUGGGUCAAAGUGGACGCUUUUGUCCUGGCUGAACUGUUCUUCAGUACAGAAAAGUUGAUGUACACAUAUCUUUGCUCAGCUGCUUGAGUUAGAGUCAAAUCAAAGUAUAGAACUCCAAAUUCUACUCUUAAGCACCUUUUCUAUUAUUUAAUUCUACAUUUUGACUUUGGUGUGCUCACCAGGACAAAACGGUCUCUUUAAAAAGUUUGUGAGCAGUAUACCACUUGUAUAACUUGUAUAAUAGUUCUGAUUCAGAGCUAUUUAGAUAGUGGUAGUGUUAAGAAAGCCUUUUUUUUUUUGCUUUGAUCAUACCACUUUGGCAGUCCUGCAGUUUUUUGAAGUGGGAGAAAAAGUAGAAAACUUGAUUCUUGAGCAAUAAAAUAAGAGAAAAAAACCCCCCUCAAAUGUAUUUUUUUAACUUGUUAAAGGCAGAAUUAAGACUGAUGGGUUACAGCACAGUCAAAGCUGAUUUUUCUCCAUCUUUGGCUUCCCUGAAGCCUGAUUACCGUGACUCUCGUGCUACUUCCCUGCCACCUGCUCAGCAGGACGGAGCCUGGAAGGAGCUGUGCGACGACGUCACAAAGCAAGCAGAGAGUUGAGCAAAACAAUAUCUGAUACCUGGUUUGGGGUCGGUUAAUUUUCCAAUUCAGUGGAUUCAUUUGAAAAUCCAAAAAUUAAAUAAAUAAAAUAAAGUGGUGUUUUGUGAGAUCCAUAAACUUGUGUUUAAUAGAAACAAUAAAUGUGUUACUCAUUUCACUUCAAAUACUUUCAUUGACACUGUGGUUUCGACAACAUAUUACUAUGAAAAUAACCAACACUUUUUUUAAUAAUGUGAGGUUACAUCACCUCACUGCAGUAAUACAAUAUCAAAAAAAAAAUAUAUAUAUAUACAGUGUGUGUGUAUAUAACUUAACAUAAUAGCCUCAUACUGUAAUACAAAUUUGAAGGGCCUGUUUGGUCCUCUUGAGCAGUGCUUACUCAAAUGUAAAAAG